AUGUCGUUGAUCGAUGCUUGCGAGUCCGAGGGAGUCGGUCGUUAUGUGGCAAGCGACUACAGCCUAGACUUCACGAAGCUAGAGCUUGGGCAGCUUCCCGCGAAGGACCCCAUGAAGCACGUUCACGAAUAUCUGAAGAGCAAAAACGUCCAAAGAGUCCAUGUCUUGAUUGGCAUUUUCAUGGAAACUUUCUUCACCACUUUCUUCAACUCCUGGAAUGCGAAGGAAUCCUCCUUCUCAUACUGGGGCUCUGGUGAGGAAAAGUGGGAGUCAACAAGCUACGACAAUGCGGCCCAGUUUGUCGCAGCUGUCGCCCAAGAUCCUACUGCGGUUGGUGUGCAGAGAUUCCUCGGUGAUCGCAAGAGCAUUUUAGAAAUCGCUGCCACAUUCGAAAACCAGUACAAGGUCAAGCCACAGUUGAACAGACUUGGAUCUCUGGAAGAACUCUACACAUAUAUGCAACAAGUUAGAGACAAUGACCCAAGCAACUUUAUGGCUUGGAUUCCUUUGUUCUACAAGUUCUACUGCACCAACGGACAGACUUAUCUCACUCCCGAUGUCGAUGCUUCGAAAUAUGGCGUAAUCCCACGACUGACCUUCGACGAGUUCUUCAAACACCAUUCACUAGAGUCUCUCUCAACUGCAGCCUGGGGUGUUGGUUCGAACGUAUCAGCAUUGCCAAGAUCAAUUGCAAUCAUUGCCGGUGCAGGGCCAGGAACUGGCAGCGCCAUUGCCCGCCGGUUUGCCAAGGCCUACCCAGUGGUACUUCUUGCUCGAUCGCAAUCAUCCCUUGACCCUUUAAUUGCUCAAAUCACGCAAAUCGGUGGCUCUGCCAUUGGUGUCCCCACGGAUGUCAGCGACUCUGCAAGCAUGACUUCGACAAUGAACCAAGUCAAGGCCAAGUUUGGUUCUGAUGUGACAAUAGCCGCCGCUAUUUACAACGUGGCGAGCAAGUUCACGAGAAAGCCCUUUCUAGAACAAAGCCAGGAAGAAUUCCUCGGGAGCCUUGAGCCAUCCGUCAAGGGUGCUUUUAACUUCGCUCAGGCUACACUGCCCCUAAUGCUCAAUCCCGAAAUGGGACAGUCUCCACCCACUCUCAUUUUCACCGGUGCAACGGCUGCAUUGAAAGGUGGCUCUGGGCUUUCCGGGUUUGCUAUGAGCAAGUUUGGAAUCCGUGCUAUGUCCCAAUCUCUCGCGCGUGAAUUCGGCCCGAAGGGUGUCCAUGUCUCACAUGCGAUCAUUGAUGGCAUCAUUAACACUGAGAAGACUAAGGGCUAUCUUGAUAAUGUUCCAGAUGGAAAAAUUGACCCUGAGGGGAUUGCAGAGUCUUACUGGUUUUUGCACUCCCAGCCUAGGACUUCGUUUACUCACGAAAUUGAUCUCCGACCGUAUGUAGAGACUUGGUAA